AUGGAGAGUUGGGGGGGUUUGGGGGAGGUGGGGGUGGGGUGGUUUGGAGAUUACUGUAAGGGGAUGGUUGGGAUAAAUGGGUUGGGGGGGGUUAAUGGGAAUCAAUUAAAAAAAGUGGUGGUGGAGGAUGGGGGGGGGAGGGUAUGGGUGAUGGGGGGUGUUAGGGGUGGAGAGGAAAGGGGGGGGGGGGUGGGAUUGGGGGGUGGGGGGGUUGGAAGAGGGGUGUGGUUAGUAGGGAUGAGGGGGAAAUUUGGGGGGUGUGGGGGUUGGUGGUAUGGGUGGGUUGGGUAUUGGGGUGUUGGGGGUGGGUAUGUUGGGAUUUGGGUGGGAGGGAGGAGGGAGGGGGGUUAA